GGUGAUCAGGGAAUUCCCGGAGACCGAGGCCCACAAGGUGAACAGGGAAAGCCAGGCCUUCCAGGCAUGAAGGGAGCCGUAGGUCCUGUGGGGCCACCUGGAGACAAAGGCUCUGUGGGAUCCCCCGGGCACCAAGGCCCUCCUGGCAUUCCGGGCGUCCCCGGCACUCCAGCUGAUGCCGUUUCAUUUGAAGAAAUAAAGAAGUAUAUUAAUCAAGAGGUACAAAGGAUUUUUGAAGAGAGGAUGGCUGUGUUCCUCUCCCAACUCAAGCUACCAGCGGCAAUGUUGGCUGCUCAAGCUCACGGGAGGCCUGGGCCACCAGGAAAGGAUGGGUUACCUGGGCCACCAGGAGACCCUGGACCUCAAGGCUACCGAGGACAGAAAGGAGAAAGAGGGGAACCUGGAAUUGGGCUUCCAGGGAGUCCAGGUCUCCCUGGGACUUCAG